CUCGUUGUUACAGUUUCAGGAACCGCAAAGGAAAGCUGAAACAUUCCGGGAAAAGGAAGAUCUGUCAUUCUCCUUCCACGAUGAAGACCUCCAAACCAGCGCAACAUACCUCUGCUCAAGAGGAAUGUGGUGUUUGGCUGGAUACUGUGCAACUAAAAGGAAAAGCUAAACAGAAACGAGUUGCCCGACCCAUCUCUAAAAUGCUGAAUCCUUUCGCUGAAGGCAGCGGAUAUAGUUUGGCUGUGGCACUCAAUUUCACCCAGACCAAAAUGGAGAUGCCAAAGACCAAACAGAGCUCUAUAUCAACCUUUUUUGCACCUCAGGGCAGAGUUUUCAAUAAGAUGUCUUCAUCUGAAGUGCCAAACAUGGAUCCAGUGCAGCCUUCUUCAUCAUCGACCUCGGCCACAAACGCCUUAACUGCACCCAACCCUAUAGUAUCGGGGACAAAACGAAGACUUGAAAUGUUGGACUUGUAUAACUCUGAGCCUGGAGUGAAUCAUGAGUGGAAAAGAGACCAGGUGACUGAGGCGGAAGCAGCACUGUGUCAGGAGCAGGCAGCAGAAGAGCAAAUAGAGGAGAUACAUCCACCACGGAGUAAGAGGGGCUUCAUUGCAGCCUCCUUAUUGCCAGGUGACAGUCAACCUCUUCCACAGGUGUGGAGUCAGGACCCACUGCUCACUUGGAGCCAGUAUUCUGAAGGUGAAUUUUCCCCGACAAAAAAAGAGCAAAAAAACAGCUCAGCAAUGGACGUUAGUGACUCUGAGCCAACUUUCCUUAACAGUCGACAAAGUGAGGACGUUUUUGGUAUUCAGAUUAAUCUGGAAGAUGGAACCUCAAUCCAAAAAUCCUUUAAGCAUUUUCAUUCUUCUCAAACGGAUCAAGAGAAAGCAAACAGGUUUUUGUCCUUUAUGUCUCCAAGAAAGCGCUCAACUCUCUCUCAUAUUGAACCUCUUUCAGAUUGUAAAUGUACAGAGCCAGAAACUGCAUCACCUCGAAAACAUGCUCCGUUGUGCAUGUGGGAAAGAGCUGAUAAAGAACAGAGCCUUGAGUCACAGUUCAAGUGGACAAAACCGAGCACCUCUCCCCUAAAAAGAAAAGCACCAAAGCUGUCCUGCAGAGAGGUCGGUGAGGACAGUCUGGCCAUGCUGUUCACACAGGACUCUGAAGGCUUCAGAGUGAUUGCACACAGAGGUCUGCAAGCUAGGAAUCCCCUCAGAGAUAAGAGUAACAUAAGCUCUGUGAUGGGGAGAACGAGUGCUUACAAAUCUCCCGUGGAGGAGGAAGAGGAAGACGAGAUGCUCUUUACUCAAGACUCUCAGGGAAAUAUGGUCAUCAAACACUGAAAGGAGACUUUAAAAUGCUUGUUUUAAUUGUCUAGAUGUGGAUAGACGUGUCUCAUACAUGCAGUGAGGUUUUGAAAUUGGUUAUAAACUGACAUUUUUUGCUUGUAUCCUCAAUGACUUAAUUUGUAGCUACUUUCAAACUGAACAUAUUGUCAUUAUUUCUGUGACGUUCUUACCUACCCUUCUGUAAAUAUUUUGUCUUUCCUGAAUGUUUAAGUAUUUCUGUUUUUCAUGUGAGAGUUUGCUUGUUUUUUUGACACCAUACAUUAUUUUUUCUUUUUGGUCUCUUCGCGGCUCUCUUGCAAAAACUCUGAACAAGAAAGAACAAAGGGUUUUGAUUUUAUUUGAAAAAUGAUACACAAUUACAUAAAAUUGCUUUCACGUUAAUUAAAAAAAUUGAAACACA